GUUGGAUUUUGAUAACAAUACCUGUGGGGUAGGUACCGUAAGUGAUUCUAAACGAUGGCGUGUUGUGCAAUACCGGGAUGCCAUAACUCACAGAGAUAUAAAGGAGGAAGGUCUAUGUUUCGUCUACGUCGGCCUGACCUGGCAAGAACUCCUGGUGAAAGAAUACAUCGUCAAAGGCUGACUAAUGUUAUGCUCUCGAUUCGGGAUUUCACAAAGGGCGAUAACAUUAAGAAUUUGAUACACAAAGAAAGUUGUCAUAUUUGUGAUAAUCAUUUUGCGAAGGAAGAUAUUUUGAGAGUACCAAACAAAACGAGUCUUAGACUUGGAGCGAUGCCAACAAAGAAUAUGCCAGUCCCACAAUGUAGCGCACCGGGAUGCCAUCACCCAAAUGGGUUUAGAUUUCCUAAGAGAAUGAGGAUUAAAAAGAAAUGGAUCGAAGCCAUAAACAACGCAGGAGAUUUUGGCAAAAGGAAAUGGAAACCUAAUAGCAAAGCUAAUGUUUGUUAUCAGCAUUUUCUGAGAGAGGAUUUCUGCUGUGAUGAGUCAGGAAAGAUACUCAAAGCGCUCAAACCUACUGCAGUACCUUCUAUAUUCAACACCUACGACGUGGAAUUAAACUAUGUUAAAUUAGCGAUUGCUAAACCUCUGUUAGAACCAAAAAUGAAACCUAAAACAGUUCAAGAGAUACCUGUUUCCUCAGUUUUUCAAGAUGGCGAGCAAGCACAUGUCAAUAAUGUUGUAAUAGACUUGACAAAGGACACACCGAGCCCAGAUAUAGUUGAAAAACUAUUCAUCACAAAUAUCAGAGGCUCAAAUGAAAUACCACUUUCGAACGGACAUACGGGUAUAAACUCAAACAAUGCAGAUAUCACAGAAAAUACCAAUCUGGAAACUACGGACUUUUUCAAAGUGAUUAGCAUUGAAGACACAAAAUCGAACAUAAAUUCUGAACAAGCACCCCCAAAUACUGAACCGUUGAGUGCCAACAAUUCCUUACAUAUGACUGUGGACCAAAUUCCCAUCGACAAGAAAAAUGGAAUAAAUGAAAAUCAAAUGGUAUCUGCUAGCCCAUAUUCGGAUAUUACCCAACAGACCGAUGGGGGCUUGGGUAACAAUUUUGAAAGAAAUAUGGACUCCAUGCCUUUAACGUCAUCACAGAAAGAUACCUUCCCCAGUCCGCUAUUGAAGACUCCGGUGAGGCCCGCCAAUGCAAGCAAUAUUAGUGAGUCCUGCCUAGGGAAUGGGAAUCAAAUUAGAAAUUGUGAAACUAAUAUAGACCAAAAAUAUGUGAAAUACUCCCCGAAACAUACUGUGUUAUCGAAGUCACAUGGCCUACCUUUGACCAAUGGUUUGGGGGUUGAAAACAAGAUGGAAGGGAGCCUAAGUAGCAAUUGUGAAACAAGUGUCGUUCAAACAUCUACUACGUACUAUCAAGAAAAUGCUAUCAUAUCAAAUUCGCUUGGGCCUUCUUCAAAUAACCCAACAGACCUUAUCGAAGCACCGCAUAAUCCAAGUAUCCAACAGUCUCAUAAUGAAGCGAAUAUUGAACAAAUGGAUAUAGCGGAAGAAAACACAUUAAAUUCAAAGCUAAAUGUUCUGGCAGGUGAUAAAGAGCCAUCACUGACAGCCCAAAAAAUUGAAAUAGAAAAGGGCAAAGAAUCAUUAAUGGAAUCAGAAACGUCUAACGGUAAUACAGUUAUACAGAAUACUGAAAUGGAGAUUGACAAUACUGCAGCUAGUAAUGAAAUAAGUUUAACAGAUCCGAACCAAAUACCCUUGUAUGGUAAUAAUGUGAAAAGUGCGAUUCAUAAGCUGUCUUUUUUACCAAUGCAAGCUGAAUCUAACUUUUCGUCAUCCCAAAAUUUUGGAGGGUCUGAUCCAAAUAUUUUGAAAUUGAAUAUUGACGUAACAGAUAUGGCAGCAGAACAUACAAUACAGGCUGGCACCUAUUUUAUGCCUUCCCAAAAUCAUAGUAGCGAGUCCACAGGACAUAGAAAAGGCCCAGAUCAAGAUAUUUCAAAGUCGAAUACUGAUAUGAUUGCAGAUACUGAAGGUUUUGUGGAAGCAAAUAGCCAUUUACCAUCGGACACCCCUCAAAUAUCAAAAGAUCUCAAUGGAAAAUUGUGGCAAAGCUACCAAAAAAGCAAUGUUCAUAAUCUUCCAGAAAUGGUGCAUAAAAAUUCUGAAGGCUCAGCCUUGAUUGUUAAUGGGAAAAAAGGAAAUUUGCUGUUACAACAAACACUGAGCAAUGUGGCAUUUACAAAUUAUUUUAAAAUGAACAAACAAAAAACGCUUGGAAAUUUAUCAGGUAAAAAAAUAAUAAUUGGAAAGCCUGAUGAUGAAACUUUGAUUUCCUUACGAAAGAGGACAGUACAGAAACCUCAAUGUGAGGAGAAAUUUGAUAAAUCGCAGGCAUAUUCUGUGGGUCACGAAAUCAAGGAAUACUCUGCGCUUCUGAAAAAAGUAUCAAUGGAUAACGGUGAAGACCCAUGUGUAUUGAUGCCCAUACCUGGGACAGACCCCCAAAUAUAUCUACCAAAAAAUUUAGAAAAUUCUUUGUAUUCUGUCCUGUUGGCAAACGGAAUAUCAGAAAAAGAGUGCAUUUUACAACGAUUGGAAUCCCUUGGUGGAGAUAUGAGAACCUUAACUGGCUUUGAUAGCUAUGAGCACUUUGAUUUAUUUUUUAACAUGCUUGGCCCAUUAGCGUUAGAAAUGACUUCCAAAGCGUUGAAAUCGCGCGAGCAACUUUUCUUGGUUCUUGUUAAAUUAUCUGGUGCGAAAUCUGACAUUGAAAUAUCUAAAGCGCUUAAAAUCGGGCCCACCAGUGUUCGAAUAAUUUAUGAACGAUGGGAAGAAUUCAUGUUGAAUCAACUACAAAGCGUGUUGGGAACGCAGAAAACUGAGUGGAUGUCUGGCAUGUGA